GUAAAACACCACUCUAGUUCGAGCCCUGUGCGUCGGCCAAUCAAGCGGCCAGAAAAAUACCACGUUUACCACGUACAAUUAUUGCUGUACUGCGUCUGAGCAGUACAAGUCAGUUGAUUGUGAGCUUCGAAGCGAAAUACACACUUGCCAAAAAUACGUCGUUCUUUUUUGAAAAAGAACCCAAAACCCUGAGAAGAGCCCAACUUUUAACGCUGUCACGCUAAAAUAUGAAUUUUAGCUGCUUCCCUGUAUGACACAUUAUAAUAAUCUAGAGACUUUAUAAUACGUUUCAAGUUUUAACAUUAUUAAACAAUUGAUGUUUGGAUUGUAAGAUGUGAUAAUUAUUAUCUCAUCUUGUAGGUAAUUACAAAUCCUUAGUUAUAAAACGCUCAUGUGACUGUUAAAACGUAAAGUAGGUAGGAUGUGUUAUUUGGUUAUUAUCUAAUUUAAAAUUUUUGAGUUGCUUCCCAAGCAAUCAACUAGAACAAUGGUAUCUAAAAAUAGUGAUUUAAAAAAAGAGGAGAAAGUGCACGAAAUAUGGGAGGUUUUGGAAAAGUUUGGGAGGUACCAAGCGAUGCAGUACACGUUUAUGUGCGUGCCCACCCUCUUCAUCACUAUGGCGAAUAUAAACUACAUAUUUGUUGUGGGCGACGUCGGUCACAGAUGUCGAGUCCCAGAAUGCGAGGGUCCUUUAGACGUGUUCAGUCCUGCGUGGUGGCCCAACCAGACCAUAGACCGGUGUUCGAGGCCGAUCCCAAGCAACUACACUGGCGGGGUUUGCUCUCCAGAACACUUUCAUGGAGAAGUAGAACCCUGCUCGCGUUGGGUGUACGAGAAUCAGGACAGCGUGGUGUCUUAUCUCGACCUAGCCUGCCAGCCCUGGAAGAUUAACAUGGUGGGCACCAUCCACAACCUGGGAAUGUUGUUCGCCAUGCUCGUCACUGGUUGGCUCGCUGAUAGAUUCGGGCGCAAGUUCACAUCAAUAUUUUGCUUGACAGCGUGCUUUGUUGGCAUCUUCAAGAUCUUUGCCUCAUCGUACCCUGUGUAUCUGACUUUAGAGUUUGUGGAAGCUUUGCUGAGCGGAGGCAGCUACUCUGUCGGAACGAUUAUAAUGCUAGAAAUAGCCGGGAGAAGGCACCGAAUCCUUUCUGGAGUAGUAUUCGCGUAUGCAAUUUACAUGGGAGAGACGUGUUUUGCGACAUUAGCGAUGUUCGUGCCUAAUUGGAAGACUCUGAUCGAAGUAGUGUACGGGCCCUGCAUACUGUUUCUGAUCCUGAUCUUUUAUCUAGACGAGAGUCCGCGGUGGCUAAUCCUGAACGGAAAGACUGAUCAAGCGAUACACAACUUAAAGAUGAUCGCGAAAACAAAUGAUAUAAAAAUUAACGAGCAAGACCUCUGCAACGUAGACGAUAAGAAAUUGAAGCAGAUGUUUGAUAUCCAGAACUAUGAAACAAGGGAAGGGCUCAUAGAAGUGUUUAAGUCUAAGGAGAUGAUGAAGCGUUUACUGGUCGGUUAUAUGGUGAGAUUCACGUCUAGCUUCGUGUACUACGGGCUCAUGAUCAACUCUGUGUAUCUGCCGGGGAACAAGUACACCAACUUCCUGCUGGCCACGGUGAUGUCCUUCCCCGGGGAGCUGUUGAGCUUGUACUUGAUGAACAAGAUCGGCAGGAAGCUGCCGCUUAUCGUCGGGUUCAUUAUCAGCGGAGCAGUGUGCGUGAUAUCAGCGUUUGUUCCAGAUAGUGUGAGCUGGGCUAAGAUAGCCUUCUUCCUGGUGGGCAAGGUGAUCGUCGCGGUGUGCUUCACGGGCGGUAUUACGUAUACCCUGGAGCUGUUCCCCACCAGCUCUCGCGGGUCGAUGCUCGGGCUGUGCUCGCUGGCUGCUCGGCUUGGCGGCAUGCUGGCGCCGUUGACGCCGAUACUGAACGAAGUGUCAGUUAUCUUGCCAGCGGUUUGCUUCGGGCUGUCUGCGGUGAUCACAGGCUUGCUCAUCAUCCUCACUCCUGAGACCAAGGGCAUGCCGCUCAUGGACACCAUAGAACAGGUUAAAGCCAGCUCCAGGAAGAAAGGGAAGAAUCAUGCCGAUAACUUCGGGUUUAUGGCUGAUGAUGUCACUAAGAUUUAAGACUAAAAUACUUAUUACUUAAGUAACCUACUGUAAAAUAUAAAAAUGAUUGGUAAAAGUGUCAUUUUUUCAACACCUUCUCCAAAGUAAUUAUCUAAAUUUAAAUAUCUGCAACGAAACUGUUCCAUUGGCAAUCGGUCUGUUUGAUAAAAUCAAUAAAUAAAGUGUGGAAACUGUGUACCGAAAAACGCAGCGUGAGACUUCCCCCUACAAGGUGGACCGACAAACUCAUUUCUCACUUUUGAAAGAGCUUAAUAGAAUUUUCAUAAGUAUCAGCUAAUGUCCAGAAUGUUUUUAUUUGUUUAUUAUUUUGGACCAGUAGAUUUCUAAAAUUAUUAGUAUAAGAA